UGGCAAGUCUCUACUCUUAUAGAUCAGACUCUUAAUAUAGAGACUCUUGCUCGUAUUGAAUAUACAAGAGCGCAUUCAGAAUAACAUCUGAGUGUUAUACCCAGAUAUCAUUUUAUCUUUAUUUAACAUUAGAUAAAAACAAGGCUAAAAUAAUAUAUUCAGCGUUUCUAAACUCAGUCCUGUGGUUAUACUAUUCUUAUUGUACUAUUCAGACCUCUUUGCGUCGGGAUUGCUGAUCUAUCUUGAUUUAUUUAUUAUUAUGUCUAAGAAAUAGCUAUAUACAUUUGCAUCUCUGUGUUAUAAAAAAAAGUAUAGAAUACGUAAUUUGUUGUCAAUUUCUUAUUGGAAAAUAUGAAACUUCUCACGCAUAAUAUGUUGACAUCUAGAGCCAUGAAAGGCGUAACUGAGGGUUAUCCUCUCAAAAUUGUUGCCCGAGACAUCAGAGUAUCUGAAGUGGAUUUUAAUCCAGAAUAUAUUGCUAGGAUAAUUCCAAAACUGGAUUGGACGGUGCUAUGGAAAGCUGCUGAAAGUAUAGGACAUGUUGGUGAAUUACCUCAGAUUCUAAUUGAAGACUUUGAAACAAAUGAAGACUUUCUGAAAAAGGUUCAUCACAUUCUUUUGGAAGUUGAAGUUAUAAAUGGAGAUUUAUUAUGUCCAGAAUCUGGCAGAAAAUUUCCUAUUAACGAUGGCAUCCCAAAUAUGCUUUUAAACGAAGAUGAAAUUUAAAGAACAAAA